AUGCCAUUGUACGAAAUAUUUUCUCAUUCGGAUCGUUUUCAUUAUCGUGCAAAUGUAUUCUCAUUAGCUGUAUGUUUUUUAAUACUUUGUACAAUUUUAACAUUCUUACCACCAUUUCUAUUUGCUUAUUAUGCUGGUGGUUUUUGGAUAAAAGAAGCAAGUUAUAGUGAACAACCACGAGUUAACUAUUCAGCAAAAUAUAUCGUUAUUGUUGACAACGAUGAUUCUACAAGAAAUCGUUUUUUUACUUCCUCUUAUUUAGAAAUAAAUACAGUUUUUCGUGAUGUUCUUAUUUCUGGUACAAAUACAUUUGAUGCAUACGAUACUAAUCAUGAUGGUGUUACUGAUCAAUUUCAUAUUACAAUUGAAGUCCUAUUCGGUAGUACUACGACAGCUGUUUCUCUUCAAAAUCUUAAUGUUUGGAUAAUAUUUCAAUAUGAACUACGAGCUAGACAAUAUAUUCUUAUGGAGACAAUGGCGUUAGUUAAUCUUGUCCCGCCGGAAAAUAUGCCUUUAUCGAACAAUCCAAAUGUUACUGUACUAGGUGACUUAGUCCUGGAACAACGACAACCAAUACAGAGUUCAGGCAACGAUUCAUCCUAUAAUAAAUCAAUUAUUAAUUCAGAUAAUCUAUUUACAACAUCAUCGAUUGACCUUAAUCCUGUUCUGGAUGAAUAUUUUACAAGAAAAUAUUAUACAUCAUAUAAACCACAAUAUGUAAGAUGGAGACGUGGUGCUAUUUCAGGAACGAAUGUAUUAACUAUCAAUAUUAUUGUUAAUACCAAACAACAAGCUAUAAGAUUUAUACCUGGUUUUUGGCAAGAAUUUAAAUGGGGAUGGAUACAAUAUAUAUGUGUACUUUUACCGUUUAUUAUUGGUUUUAAUCGCAUCAAAGAAUUCGUUUUUCAAAGUCAACUUGUUCGAACCUCAGUUGAAUUUCCUUAUCAUCGACAUAAAUCCUAA